AUGGCCCCGCAACAACUCCUUGUCCCCCAAACAGAAAAUAUUGCAGACGUCUACGCAACCGAUGAUGCCUCGGCGCGGUCUGUUGCCCCCGAGAUAAAGGCUCGUUGGCAGAACCUCGUCAAGCAAUUCACCGAGACUUAUGGCAAGAAGCCGGAUUUCGUUGCACGCAGUCCCGGCCGUGUCAACAUUAUAGGCGAGCACAUUGACUACAACCUUUAUGAUGUCCUGCCCACAGCCGUCAGCGUGGACGUCAUUAUCGCAGUUAAGGUCGUCCCAACAGAAGGAUCCGAAGCUACUGUGAAGAUCUCCAAUGUCAAUUCUCAGAAAUUCCCCUCCCGCGAGUUCAGCGUCCCCUUUGACAAGGGUGUUGUGAUUGACCCCAAGAAACAUGAGUGGAUCAACUACUUCAAAGCAGGUUUGGUCGGCGCAUUGAAGUUCCUCCGCAAGAACAACCCAUCCAUGAAACCGACUUCCCUCGAGAUUCAUUUGGACGGUAACGUGCCUCCUGGUGGUGGAAUUUCCAGCAGUGCUGCGUUCGUGUGCGCCAGUGCCUUGGCUGUUCUCAAAGCCAACGGCCACAAUGUGUCCAAGGAGGAUCUUUUGGACUUGGCUGUUGUAUCUGAACGCGCCGUGGGCGUUUACUCUGGAGGAAUGGACCAGGCAGCUUCCAUCUUCUCCCAGCGCGGAUUCCUCCUGUACACCAAAUUCUUCCCCAAAUUCUCCGUUGAACACGUCCCUAUUCCAGUCGCCGAUGAGGAAAUUGUAUUCCUCGUAGCACAGAGCUUCGUUACGUCCAACAAGGCCGAGACUGGUCCUCGUCAUUACAAUCUUCGCGUCGCCGAAUGCACAUUGGCUGCUGUUGUGCUAGCCAAACAACACGGGAUCAUCUUGGAAAAGGAUAACAGUUCAUUGGGUUAUAGUCUAAGAAACUUCCACGAAGAGCUCAUGCGCAAGCAAGGGCGUCUUCAGGAUCCAUUGGAAUACCAGCUCGAUUCGAUCAUCCAGACCACUACAGAGAUUUUCUCCCAAGAACAAGGUUAUACACGCGAGGAGAUUGCAAAAUUCCUCAACAUCACCGUUCCCGAGCUCGAAUCCCAAUUCCUCUCCUCCUUCCCUGUCGAAGCAGAACGAUUCAAGCUUCGUCAACGUGCCCUACAUUGCUUCAAGGAGGCUCGCCGUGUACUAGAUUUCAAGGCUUGUCUCUCCCAUGCAAACAAGCUCGACAUCAAACGCAUUCACUACCUCGGCCAGCUGUUGAACGAGACACAAGACUCGUGCCGCGACGAUUACGAAUGUAGUUGCCCCGAACUUGAUCAGAUUUGCGAAAUUGCUCGUCGCGCCGGUACUUGGGGUAGUAGACUUACUGGUGCAGGAUGGGGCGGCUGCACGGUGCACAUGCUACCCAAGUCCAAGGUUGAUGCUGUUAGCAAGGCAUUGCGCGAUGAGUAUUAUUCUAAGCUCUCUGGCGUUACUCAGGAGCAGCUGGCACAGGCUAUUGUUAUCAGCAAGCCGUCUAAUGGGUCUUUUGUGGUUCACGGCGCUGCUUUGGAAGCGUGA